UUUUUCUUCUUUGAUCUGUUUGAUUACUCAGUGGGAGAAUAUGAAUACUUUUUCACAUGUUCCCCCUGGUUUCAGAUUCCAUCCAACAGAUGAAGAGCUUGUGGAUUACUACCUUAGAAAAAAAAUUGCUUCAAGAAGGAUUGACCUAGAUGUCAUCAAAGAUAUUGAUCUCUAUAAGAUAGAGCCAUGGGAUCUUCAAGAGAAAUGUAAGAUAGGAACUGAAGAGCAGAAUGAAUGGUACUUUUUUAGCCAUAAAGAUAAGAAGUAUCCAACCGGAACUCGCACUAAUAGAGCCACAACAGCAGGUUUUUGGAAAGCAACUGGAAGAGAUAAGGCUAUUUACUCUAAGCAUAAUCUGAUUGGGAUGCGUAAGACCUUAGUAUUUUAUAAAGGGCGAGCACCCAAUGGACAAAAAUCAGAUUGGAUUAUGCAUGAGUAUCGACUCGAAACAAAUGAAAAUGGAACACCUCAGGAAGAGGGAUGGGUGGUCUGUAGGGUGUUCAAGAAGAGAAUAACAACUGUGAGGAGAGUGAGUGAACAUGAGUCUCCAUGUUGGUACGAUGAACAAGUCUCAUUCAUGCCAGAAUUUGAUUCACCAAAGCGAAUUGCGCCGCCUGAUAUGGCAUAUCACCACCCCUACUCCUGCAAACAAGAGCUAGAGUUGCAGUAUCAUCACAGGCCACAUGACCCAUUCCUCCAACUCCCUCAAUUGGAAAGCCCAAAACUUCCACAUUCUGCAACUAGUGCUAGUUGCAGUUCUGUAGCUGCAUAUGGUCUUGAUGUUAACCAUGGAAACACUUUGCAAUCUUCAUCAUUCAUGCAGGAAGAACAGAUGCAACAAAGCCAUUAUCAUCAACAAAAUAUGAUGAACUCAUUUUAUAAUGAACAAGCAGUAGAUCAAGUCACUGACUGGAGAGUUCUUGACAAGUUUGUUGCUUCUCAACUUAGCCAAGAAGAUGCUUCCAAAGAAAACAAUUACUCCAAUGGUACAAAUGCCGUCGUCUUUAAUGUUUCUGAUCAAAUGAACAUCCUUGUUCGACAAUCCAAUAAGCAAGAAGUGGGAUCAGAUUAUGCAUCUACAUCAACCUCAAGCUGCCAGAUUGAUCUGUGGAAGUGAUGACUACUACUACAGUUAUGCAACAAUAAUAAUAUAUACUGAUCCUAGGAAUUAUAGUUAAACAAAAGAAAGAAAGAAGGCAUCAUGAUUUAGAUUCUCCUGUACAUAAUAAAACUAAAUGGUAAAACUUAGUUGUUGGGCUUCUUCUUUGUAAUAUUGAUUACUACUACUGUG